AUGUCAGGAUACCUGUGGGACGAGGCCAACUCGAUCGCGGGCGAAGCCCUCACGAUGCGCACUUUUCCACUGACUCAAAUCAUCACGAAAGAGCCUUUAUACGGCAACGGUUCCAUUCAUUUCAAGCACAUACGCCACAAGAUUCAAGACGUUCUAAUUGUCUCAUCGAGCGAUGGGUCAGCUGAAGCGGUGUACCGAAAUGAGACGCCUGUGGCACAAGAGUGCCACUUAUCUUGGUGUGUAAAGACCAUGAGCUCGUCAUAUACUUGGGGCGGGUACAAUGAAGAAGUAGUUGACACUGUCUUCAACACCACUUCUGGUCCAUUUCCUUGGGAAGCCUAUCCUUACCAGACCGAGGUUGAGAACGGUACCGAUAUCUUCUAUAUGGAGAACAUAACUAUCAAGGCGGGAGAGUUCACCGGCGAUGGCAAGCUUGCCAAUUUUGGGACGUCAAAUAAUACUGCCUUGGCGUUGAUGCAAGGCUUCACAGAUAUAUUCCCCGCAUACACCACUCAGGCCAAUAAGUCAGCUUCCCCAAUUCUGCGCUACAAGACAUGGAAGACAGGUUCUCCAUGGCACCAAACGCUCUUCUUCAACCCCUGGCUUGCUCCAAACAAUGUCACGAGGCACAUGGAACGAUUAGCCACAGCUCUCACCAACGUUAUACGAUCAGCGCCUACCCGCGAGGAUGUCGAAGGCCACGCGUUUUCUAAGGCCAACUUCGUAUCAACCACGAAUGCGCCCAGCUGUGUCGAAUGCGGCCUCAAAUGCCCAAACUGCUCGUCACCGAGAGCACCGGCGGUGAAGCUAGACGAGAAGAAGAAUGCGCGACUGCCUGAACCUGAUCAGGUGUCACCUGGCAAUGUGGACUUACCUCGGCCUGACAAUCCGAAUGCGCGUUCCGUUGCCAAUCAGACUGAGAAGGAGGGAGAUAAGGAUGACAGCAAUCUCCACAUUGAGGAAGAAGACAAGAAGGGUGAAGAUGAAGACGAAGACGAAGAUGACGCCAAAGUGGAGUGGUCGAAAUACGUUUCACUGCGACUCUACAAAAUGGCCCGAGCCGACCCCUCACUCAUGACAAUGACAGCGGCAGAAAUCGAGCAAUUCAAUGAGCAAGGUCUCAAGCAUCAAUACGACAAACAUUUCAGUCCUCGUGAGCGAACCUUGUGGGACGACGAGUCUUUGCCCCGACACCUGGUACUAAAGCUCAUCCGAUUCCGCCAAAGCAUCGAGCGCGACGCAGCGAACGCCUUGGAGACAGAAGACAAGGAACCAAACUAUGACGCCCAUAUCUUUGAUCAACCCAGCGACUACUUGAGUGAUCUUCGGAACUACGCCUACGAACUUGUCGCCGAAGACCGCGAGCGCGAAGUGAAAGCGACGGAAAAUAUGCAAGAAGCCGCGGAACAUGGAUCCGCAGAAGAGGAAUAUGAGUCCGCAGAGGAGGAAUACGAGCACCCAGGGGAGGACGACUAUCGCCCUUCUUACUCCGACCGAUCUCGAAACCUACCUGCGAUGGAACACAGUUACCCGACUUCGACGCACCACUCCGAAUUUUCACCCGUCAACUACAAUAGUCGGAACACAUACGGGCAUAACAACUUCUUUGGGCAGAACGCAGCUCCACAAGACGAUUGGAGCGGUAACGGCCCUCAGUCUAGCCGAGGCGAGACUACCUACUACGACUGGGAUGGCUCUCGUUCGCCAGAGGAGGAGACGACGUGGUGGUAG